AUGCAGUCCCUCCCGCCCAUUUACUCGUCCGCCACCAACGAGAAAAAAUACUCGCCGCCAUGGGAAGAUCUGAGUAUCAUUGGAAUCGCUGGCAGCUCGGGUUCUGGCAAGACAUCGGUGGCUAUGGAGAUCGAUUCCUACUAUAAGACCUUGACUCCAGAACAACAUGAGAAGGCCCAUCGGAACGAGUAUGAUUUUGAUUGUCCUGAGGCUCUCGACUUCGAUGCCUUGGUGCAGACUCUGCGGGACUUGAAGCGAGGGAAGAGAGCCAAUAUUCCAGUUUAUUCAUUUAAGGACCACCAGCGACAACCUAAGACGACCCCACUUUACUCUCCCCACGUCUUAAUCCUCGAAGGAAUCUUGGCCCUUCACGAUCCCAGGAUUGUUGAGAUGUUGGAUGUCAAAAUCUUUGUGGAGGCUGACAUGGACGUCUGCCUGGGACGAAGAAAUAUGGUUGUCAAACACAUCCAGCGGAGACUGCAGGAGAAGUCCGAAAAGCAUAAUGCGGAUCUGGCGAAGUUACGGAUGCUCGCUUCAGAGGACGAGCUGUCGUCGAAUGUCAUCGUAAUGAAGCCGACGCCCCAGUUUGUGGGCAUGAACACCAUCUUGCAAGAUCCAUCUACGGAGCAAGUAGACUUUGUCUUCUACUUUGAUCGUCUCGCAUCUUUAUUGAUAGAGAGAGCCCUUGACUUUACGCAAUACGUCUCUGCCGAGGUGACAACACCUCAACAGCACAAGUACAGAGGCCUACUACCGUCGGGCAUAGUCUCUGCAGUCUCCAUUCUGAGAGGGGGUUCUUGUCUGGAAACGGCUCUGAAACGAACCAUUCCCGAUUGUAUCACGGGCCGCAUUCUCAUCCAAACUAACGAGAAGACAUCCGAGCCAGAGCUGCAUUACCUCAAGCUUCCAGCGGGCAUUGAAGAGCAUUCCACCGUGAUGCUUCUCGAUCCGCAAAUGUCCAGCGGAGGCGCGGCCCUUAUGGCCGUUCGAGUCCUCGUCGACCACGGCGUGGAAGAAAACAAGAUCGUCUUCGUGACAUGCGCCGCCGGCAAAAGAGGGCUUCAGCGACUAACGUCCGUCUAUCCUGAAGUGAAGGUUGUGGUGGGCCGAAUAGAAGAGGAAGAAGAGCCCCGGUGGCUUGAAAAGAGAUAUUUUGGCUGCUGA